GUCCUCCAUGUUUGGUCGUCGUUACCUUGAUGGAGCUGGUCCGGGGACGACCCGCAGCAGCUCCGGUCGGUGUGUCCGUGGGCUCAAUGCUGCCGGAUGGACCGGGUACCUGCAGUACACCGACGGACCUGAUUGAAGAAAGGAGAGUACCAACGGACUGACACAGAACCUGUUGGCGUGUGCAGAAACUGGCCGCGUGGUUAAACCCGCUACCCCCUGAAGACGUGGAAACCAACAGUGGUCUCCAUGGAAACCAGGAGGAGUACUUGCUGGGGAUGAUGCAGUGCACACAACGAUGAUGUCUGAGAAUAUGGAGCCGGGUGAUGAUGUCAGCUUGCUGCACUCCCAUGAGAUGGAGCCCCCCAGGGAGGAGGAUGGACACUGCCCCCUGCCUUUCAGGCUGCAGCUGAUCGACGACCUUUCUUACGAAGAUGUGAAGAAGUGCUACAGAGGAUCAACGGUCAGCAAGUACAACUCCCAGUACCACAAACUGUUCCAGACUGUCCCCAAGGACGAGAUCCUCAUGAAGGUGUAUUCGUGUGCGUUGCAGCGAGACAUCCUGCUGCAGGGACGACUCUACAUCUCCAGGAACUGGCUCUGUUUCUACGCCAACCUGUUUGGUAAAGAUAUCAAGGUGUGCAUCCCGGUGGUGUCAGUUCGUCUGGUGAAGAAACACAGGACCGCCGGCCUUGUGCCCAACGGCCUGGCUAUCACCAUGGAUACGGCGCAGAAGUACGUGUUUGUGUCCCUGCUGUCCAGAGACAGCGUCUACGACGUCCUCCGGAGAAUCUGUACUCACCUGCAGGUGAACGGGAAGAGUCUGAGUUUGAAGCAGUUUCUGGAGGAACCUAUCUCUCUUUCCAUGGUAAAUAUCUCCAAACAUCUGUCCCCUCUCUUGCUAUCUGUCCCCUCCCUUGACAGCUGUCCCCUCUCUUGGCGUCUCUUUAAGGAUGAGUUCCCGGCAGUGUUGAAGUGGAGGAGAAAGCCUUCUCUCCCGGUUGUGUCCUCGUCCCUGCCAGACCUUCUGGGAAGCUCCUCCCCCGGCCUCGCUGCAGACACGCCCUUUAUCACGCACACGCUCACAGACAGCAGUCUGGAGACAGAGACCAUCCUGCUGGCAGAACCAGUAUCUGAACUGGGUCACAUGGAGUACCAGCUGCUGAAACUCUUCAUCUUGCUCGUCUUCUUCCUGGUCCUCUCCUCCUGCUACUUGGCCUUCAGAGUGUGUCGCCUGGAGCAGCAGAUGAGCUUCCUCAGCAGCCAGCCGACGCUAAGGGACAGAUGUGGAGAGUUGCCCUGCUGGCUGGCCAAUCAGAGGACAGGAACCUGACAGAGCCAAUCGGGAAGUAAAAGAAGAAAAACCUUCACUUAUAUAGAUUUCCCAUCGAGGGCCAGGGUUAACCUGGUUGCCAUAGAGACACAACGGUCCGACCUCUCGAGAGGUCACGUAGAGGUCAGGAGGCCGGAGGGACGACGGCGUGCUGUUACAUAACAGAUGUGUGUGUCUGCGUGUGGUUGCGCUUUGGAGACGUGUAACACCUCAGUUACAUUUAGCAUAAAUGUACAUUUACUUGACACUUUGUCACAGUUUAAGGUUAACAGAUUUUAGGUCACAUGUCCAAUUUAUUUAUAAACUACUUAGACGACAUUUACACCUUUAAAUCAAUCUCAGCUGUUCUUUGGAUCAGAAGUCCCCAACCUUUAUCAUCUCACCGACUGGUCAAGGUGUGGCGGAUAAACACGAAAAAAUAAAGAGAUACGAUCGGCAUGAAAACAUGAACCUGUAUUUUAAGUGUGACUCCUGAAACUUCUGAAAGUUUUGCGUUUUCAAAUAAGUCAAGUCAAGUUGUUUAUUUUUUCAGUGCGGCCGAGCCCACGCACCGGUACGGGUCUGUGUCCCGGGGGUUGGGGACCACUGGUCUGAGGUGAAGUGAGAGCUUUGUGAGUUAAAGCUGCAUUCUCUCUUCUGACCACCAGGGGGCGAUUCCGCUGGUCCUAUAGAAGUCUGUGGGAAAAUGACUAGGCCCAAUCCCAGCGUCCCCCCCUGACCUCCAGGGUGUCACUGAAGUCACCUGGUCAGUGGUGUCAGAGUGGGCUUUAGAUAGUGUAAAUAUGAAGAGACAGCACUUUGCUGCUACAUGUCACCAUGAGAACGUAAAAAAAUAUGAUUUACUAUUGAGGGGAUUUAUUUCAUACUUUUACUCUAUGAUUUGAAAUUCUUUCAGGCUUUUUCCUCAUAAGAUGGGAGGUAUUUUGAAAUAAUGCUUUACGGUUUCCUUUUAAAAAUUGCUAUAAGUAAUAGUUGAUAAAUCUGAUUUCAUGUGUUUUUUCUCCAUCUUUAAUCUUUACGGUUUGAAAUGUAACAUUUUAUGACAGUCUGAACACACGUCCUCUCACUGGUUAUCCCGUAUUAACGGCAUGUUGCAGUCACUUGUGGGUAAUUCUCUUGGGGUUCAUUAAGGGCUCAAAUACUGGGCGGAUGAAUAAACGUAAUAUAAACUUCUGUACUCUCGUACUUGUACUUGAGUUAUAAACGUUCCACUUCUACUCUUAUCUAAAAAUUGUUAUUUACUCUACAAAUUAUAAAGUGAAAAUAAAGAACAAAAGAUCAA